AUGGCCACGGCAACCCCGUUCCCACCAACGCACCAUUUCACCUUGCGCAAAAUCAGCCCUGCGUCCGCGCUGGGGCUCGUGCAGACGUACAUUGAAUCCUCGACGACCAACCAUGCGUUCCUACCGGACGCGAUGCUGACAGAGCGCGGGCCACAGCAGUCGUCUGGUGGCGGGCUAACGAUGCAUCAUCUGCGGCGCGUCGAAGCCGGGCUGCGCGGCGAGCACUUGGCAGCGGACAUGUCGUUUUUCGAGGGGAACGACGAAAGUAAUAAUGCGCCUACUGCUGAAGGAGAUGCCAUGGAGGGUGUUCAAACGACGACGGGCGGCGCCGGGGAAGAAGGAGAAGGGCAGGGUGGAGAGUGGCAGGAUUUGACGGCGUAUCAGCGCGAGCAGGAGGGAAUAGAGUCCGGAGAGAUUGGGCAGAGACAGACGGGUCUGACGGAUGGCGGGGAGGUGCCUGCGGUCAAGGAAACAGAUGCGGGUGCGGGCGCCCCGGUGGACAAGGACGCGCGGAAAAAGGCGAAGAAGGAGAGAAGGUUGCAGGAGAGGCGGGAGAAGGAGGCCCAGCGUCAGAAGGAAAAGGAUGCAGAGGGUGCUUGA